UGUGAUCGGGUGAUUACGUUACUCUAUUUAUUGGUUUAUAAAAUCAGGAAAAUAUUUAUCAUUAUGACAAUAAAUAACUUUCUACAGUUGAAGGAAUAUUGGAUUUGUAAUUCCUCUAGCUUCAUAGGAACACUAAACUAUGGGAGCUUCUUGAACAAAUGAUGAAAAUGGGUGUUACAACAAUGACAGAUUAUCGGUUUUCGUUACUUUGUAUGUGGCUGGUAAUUUUUAAAGGAUGUAUAGCACCGGUAUCAAUUCAUCAACUAGCACAAAGGCCAAUUACUACCUCGAAAGGAAAGAUUAGAGGGGUGUUAGUUGAAUUCCCAAGGGAAUCUCAACUCCGCACAGUUGAAGGAUAUUUCGGAAUACCUUUCGCCUCUGGGUCAUUAAGAUUUAUGCCACCGUCUGAAGUAAUAAUGCAUUCAAAAUUUGUUAAAGAAGCAAAUGAUUCUUUAGCAUGUCCUCAAAUUAAAUGGCGAGACAGGUUGUUUGCUGGAAGUGAGAAACCUAAAGGUUCCCAGAUCCACUUUUAUAGGAUAAUGCAAUCAACAAAUCGACAACAUGAAUCUUGCCUCUUUUUGAAUAUUUUCGUACCUCCCAGGGAUUGGAACAACACGUCAAAGCUUCCUGUGAUGGUCUUUGUACAUGGUGAAUCAUAUGAAAUCGGAACCGGAAAUGCAUAUGAAGGGAGUGUACUUGCUAGUUAUGGAGAAGUUAUAGUUGUUACUGUUAAUUACAGAUUGGGUGUCUUAGGUUUUCUUAGUACUGGAGACAAUGAAGCCAGUGGAAACUAUGCAUUAUGGGAUUUGUUUGCUGUUUUGUCAUGGAUACAUGAUAACAUAGGUGCCUUUGGUGGAGAUACUAACCGGGUGACAUUAUUUGGACAUGGUUACGGUGCAGCAUUGGUCAAUAUUUUAUUAUUAUCACCAAUGGUAUCAACUCGACUUAUUCAGCGUGCCAUUUUACAGAGUGGUUCAGCUCUCAGUCCAUGGGCAGUAUCAUUUGACGCUGUAACAUGUACCCAGUGGUUAGCUGUAAAUGUUAACUGCUCUCAAUAUUUAAGUGAUUCAGAGUUACUUGUUAAAUGUUUGCGCAAUAAAACAGCUACUGAACUAGUAGAACACGUGCCUUUACCUCCAAAAUAUUAUUCCUGUUUUGCACCAACACCCGGUGGUGGUCAAAUGUUCCCAGAUAAUGUUAGAGAACUUUUAAAAAGAAGGGACACAGUAUUUUCUCAAAUCCCUGUUAUGUUCGGUGUAACUAGAAACGAAGCUUACUCAUAUCUUAAGCAACGGGAACUUGAGGAAGGAAUCACAAAGGAAAGAAAAGCUCAGAUAAUUCGUACUUUCGUUCACAAUUUGUAUAAAUUCCAUAGACAGAAGUUAUAUGAAAUCAUUGACUUUCAGUACACUGAGUGGAAUAAAGAGCAAGAUAGAAAUACUACCCGUGAUAAUGUCAUGGACAUGCUGAGUGACGGAUUGUAUGUUGCUCCUGUGGUAGAAAUGGCACAUGAACAUGCAAAACGGGGUGCUGGUACAUACUUUUAUAACUUUGGAUAUUCUACACAAUCCGAAAACUUUCCACAAUGGUCUAGUGGUGUCCAUGGUGACGAAUUACCGUAUGUAUUUGGAGCUCCUCUUGUUGAUGGUAUAUCGCCAUUUCCGAGUCGUUAUACGAAAAACGAAAAGAAAUUGAGUGCAGCUGUUAUGCGAUUCUGGACAAAUUUCGCAAAAUCAGGGGAUCCUAACGUUCCGUUAAAGGAUACAGAACAAGACAAAUUUUCCGAUGUGUAUUGGCCGAAGUAUGACAUGGCUAAACAAAGAUAUUUUCAUAUAGAGACUAAUCCAUGCUAUGGGGAGAUAGGUGAAGAAACGUGUUGGGAUACUUUGGGAAAACGUCCACAGAUAAAACAUCACUACAGAGGAUCAGAACUGGCUUUGUGGUUGAAUCUAAUACCACAAAUUAACAAGAAACAAGAUCCUAAUACCGGUAUCAAAUCUGAGACGUCUCAACACGAACUUCUCGACUGGAAAAAUAUAUCUACGUUUGACGAUCCAGACGGACUGGUAUCUAAAUUCACUCGUUUAUUUCCCUUACCGCCUCCAACUCCCCCAGUAACGCGGCUUCUCAAUGAUGUUCAUGUGACUAAUCAUCCGGGGUUUGAUGGGAUGGACCGAAAUUACCAUCGAUCGACACCGAGACAAACAUCACAAGAGGAAAUUACAGAUCCACCGAAAGAAAUUACUACAAAUGAGAACCCCGCGAUUGCUGGAGAAAGAACACAAGAAUCGAUAGCAACAAGUUCCGUCCCAUUAAGUAUCACUGUAGCAAUAGGGUGUUCUUUAUUAUUUAUUAAUAUUUUAAUAUAUGCCGGAGUUUAUUAUCAAAGAGAAAGAAUUAAGAAGAUAAAACAAGGUGAAGCAGCUAACGCUAGUAGAAAUUCACAAAGUAGGGGAAAUAGCAACGAACCAGACGGCGACGAAAUUACAACAGUUCCGGUUAAUCAUUUAUCUGGACCACUUCCGAAUUCUAAACCAGAUAUUCAAAACAAUCCUGUAUAUUCUGUUAUAUCGAAACAGUCAGAAACUUCUGAUAAAUAUAGUUACACACCAGUGCCAACGAACACUAAUUCUCCUAUGCAUCGAACGCGAGUGCCUCACUCGCAGACAAACUCAAUUGCUAGUUCGAGUAAAAGUGGCAAUUCAUUAAAUCAUAUUUCCGGCAAACCCCCGGAUCGUUCACCACAUGGCAGUGAUCGAAGUGUAAAUAAACAUAAUCAAACUUCUGGUCCUGGUUCGAAUAAUGCAAUAACGAUAGUAUAGUUGUAUGUAGUCAGCUACUGUGUAUAUAGUGUGUAUACAUUUAACGAUAAACUUUUCUUGUACAUAUUUCAUUUUACCAUUGUGUACAUGGCGACAAAUGGAUUAGUGUGUAUGUGUGCUAUUUGUGUGUUGAUAUCAUUCCUUUACAUAUCCGGUUUGAACUGAUUUCAUAUCAUUCUUAAUGAGACGAUAAUUAAAUAAAAAUUUUGAAAACUACAA